UUAAUUAAUGCCAAAUGCCUCUCUCUCUCUCUAACUCUCUCUCUCUCUAGAAUAGAAUACAAUAUAUUUAUCAUUCCGAGUAUAAUAUUCGUUGUAAUAAUUUGUAGCAGAGUUAUUAAUGAAUUAAUUUAAAAAAAAAAAAAAAAAAAAAGGGAUUUCUUCUGGGGUUUGUGUCAAUUUUCACUGGCAAAAAGAAAAAGAAAAAGAAAAAAAGCAAAGCAAAGUCUUCUCUUUCACACCUUUCAAUCCCAAAAUUUCUCUUCCCCUAUGGAGAUUUAAAGAAUCUAGGGUUUCUAAUUUUUUUCUCAGCCAUUUUUUCCUCCUAAAGUCCAACUAAAGUUCCGUUCUUGAUUUCUUUUCUUCCUCACCUUUCACUCUUUUUUCGCUCCUUGGAUUUUCUCUCUCUCUCUCUCUCUCUCAUCUUUUUUUUUUUUUUUUUUUGGGUUAUUGAUUAAUUUUCACAAACCCCCCUUAUGCUGCAGAAAUGAAUCUCUUCUUUGAUUGCUUUAAAGAAGCCCUAAUUUGUCUGCUGCCAUAAAUGGAGCUUCUGAUUAUCUGGGUUUUCAGUUUUUGCCUCUUUGGAUAACAUAUGGGCAAUUUUGCCCCUUUUUAAUUUGGGAAUUAGGGUUUUUUCCUUCUUUCUUUCUAUCCUUGUUUCUUGAUUUCUUUCUGUGUAGAGAGAGAGAGAAUCAAUGGAGGAGAUUGAAAAGGCAAAUAUUUCAGCUGUGGAGAGUUGCCACAGAGUAAUUAACAUCUUAUCCAAACACCAUCAAGAUCAAAACCAAACCAGGAAUUUAGCAGAGCAAACAGGCGACGCAGUCCACAAAUUCAAGAAAGUAGUCUCUCUCCUCACUUCUUCUUCUCCCAAUUGCGGCCAUGCUAGAGUGAGAAAGUCCAAGAAAUUCCAAACCCCUUUCCCUCAAAACAUCUUUCUUGAAAACCCAAUCUUCACCACCACAACAGAAAACAACAACCACCACCACCACCACCACCAACAAAACCCCCUCCACCACCUCCUCCAAAUCAGCCAAGAAAAUGCACCACCCCCCACCACCGCCAACACCGGAAAAAACCCUUCUCUUGAAUUGAGUUCCCACGGCAAAAACCUCCAACUUGCCAUACAAACACCAUUACCAAACUCCCACUUUCUCCACCACCACCACCACCAACAACACCACCAACAACAGCAGCAGAGAUUCCAACUGCAGCAGCAGCAGUUGAAGCAGCAGGCUGAGCUCAUGUAUCGGCGGAGCAACAGCGGCAUCAGCCUCAAUUUCGACAGCUCCACUUGCACCCCAACAAUGUCGUCCACUAGGUCGUUUAUCUCUUCGUUGAGCAUGGACGGCACCGUUGCCAAUCUGGAUGGAAGUUCGUUCCGUUUGAUCGGGGCAGCUCGGUCAGCCGAUCAGAGCUCGUACCAUAACAAGAGACGGUGCAACGGAAGGGGAGAAGAUGGUAGUGUCAAAUGCGGAGGCAGUGCUCGAUGUCAUUGCUCGAAGAAGAGGAAGCACCGGGUGAAAAGGUCUAUCAAAGUACCUGCUAUAAGUAACAAAUUAGCGGAUAUACCGCCCGACGAAUACUCGUGGAGGAAAUAUGGUCAGAAACCAAUCAAAGGCUCUCCUCACCCAAGGGGAUAUUAUAAGUGUAGUAGCUUGAGAGGGUGUCCGGCAAGGAAACACGUGGAAAGAUGCUUGGAGGAACCCUCGAUGCUAAUUGUCACUUACGAAGGCGAACACAACCACCCCAAGUUGCCUUCCGAAUCGGCCAAUACGUGAAUAGUAUUCUCAUCUCAAGUCCUUUUGCACCUAAUUUCUCGGACACAUCUAUUUCGGGAAUCGGCUUGAUUGAUUGCUUGUGUACAUAAGUUUCCCAUGGGGGUGGGGGUGGGGGGGCAAGAUUUGUGGGGGGGGUGAUUACAUGUUGUAAGAAGAGAAAUUCGAUUAAUCUUAAGUGACUUUUGUUCUUUUUGAGAAAAUUGGAAGCUUUCUGCAUGUUUGUUGUUUUUUCUUGAGCAUUUACUUUUGGUGCUGCAUUUAGUAUUGAAUUGUGGAAGAAAGUUUUUAGUGAGAGAAAAGAAAAGUUCAUGAAGGAAUCUUAGUAUGUUGCAUUUAAUGUGUAGUAAGUUCUUUGCAUUUAUGUGGAUUAUAUAAGUGAGAUAUGCUAUUCUUAGAUGCCCAUGAUUG